GGACGCUCUUCUCGAAAGCCAGGUUUAAAACGCGUACCACACCUGACAUGCUAAACUCGUCAGUCUCCACUGAUUCCAGCAACACUUUGACUUCUUGCACUUUCUCCACGAAUCCCGCGCACAAUGCCAAAGGCUUCUCUCAAAUCGAAAACGUUCAAGAAAAGCGCAAGUGCUUCUGCUGAAAAUAACGGCCAGAAACCACUCAUAGAGAAGUGCGGUUGUAGCGUGGAAUACUGCCAAGGUCCCGGCAGAGAGCACGUUGCCGCCCUCCUGGACAUCAGUGAUGAGCGCUCGGCGCUGGAAUCGGGUCCGUACGACAGCCCCGCCGAGUCAGGCUGGGACGAAGCGGUUACAGGCUGGCAUAGGUAUCCGCCGCUUGCCUGCUUCUCUCAUGCUCUGAAGGGAAAAAAUUACACGGGUGGAGAAACAGGUUACCAUUGUCUUCUGUGUGCCAAGAUCAAACCAACAAAGCUCCCAGAAUCUAAGGAAAACUGCCCAAGAAACCCAAUUUUAUCAGACGGCCAUCAAACACACAAUGACCCUUCAUCCACAGAACGGUCUUCAAUGUCUGCUGAUCAGCCAAGAGGCAGAGGGGAACACAAAAGCCAUGAAAACGCAGCUGGAAUUGUCCGGCUGGGUAGGAAAACUCCUGAAGACAGGCAGAGACACAUCCAUGGUCCUGUGCUGGCAAAAAGCGGCUGUAUCACCAGUAUUAUCGAUAUCUUGCCACCAGGGGUGACAGCUGGAAAUCGGACGAUUCCCCCCAUCCUGAAGAAAACACAGAAUGCCAUUGGUGGUGUCACGAGAGAGGACAGGUCUCACUGCACAAACGUAGCGAAGAAGGCGGCCACUGGUAAGCGAAGAGGGAAUAUGGUUCCCAGUGCUCCCAUAGAAAAUGCAGCUGCGGGCAUCAGCCACGGUUGUCUUGCAAGGGACUUACCAGCCACCUUCAGCAACCGUAUACCCAAGAAGGGGGAUGCACCAUUCAGCCCCUAUGUGGCUGCACUGCCACCCAUUUCCUGUCCUUCUGAGAAACAACAGAAAAACAGAACUACCUCAGCAGUGCAGUAGACGGGAGUUCAGGGAUCGAGAAGAUUUACAGCGUGUUCCUGUGAAAGCGGCGAGUGAAACAGCCAAAUACUGCUGUGGUCCAGAGCCAAAUCCAUCUCCGUGACAACUCAGCAUCUCCAGAACCCUUCUUACCCCUUUGUAAUUAAGUAAUGUACUACUGUUUUCUUAUUAAAAUGCCUUUUCGUUGUUAUUCAAAUUAAAUGAUAUAUUCAC